AUGUAUGAGUAUGACGCAGGUACCGAUAUCAUCGAACAUUCCAGACACCUCCCUCCCGGUAACGACAAGCUCCGUAAUCUACGCGCGCAGACGCGCCGCCGGCGCCGGCGGUGUGGCGUCGUCGUCGGCCAACACGCUUCCAUCCCAUCCCAAAAAUCCUCUCCCCGCCACUCACGACCGUCGAUAGCAAAGCAACCACGAAACAUGUCGCUCCCACCACCACCUACAGGAAAGAAACCGGCGUUCACCGCCCCGCCUUCACAGAGCGAUUUGCUCUCCCGCCUAACAACCUUUCUCCCGCAACUGUCGGCAGCAAACGCAACACUCGACGAGGAGAUCCGCGCGCACGGCGCGGACUCGCGGAAUAUCGAGCAUGUCGCCGACGACGAGGAGCGCUAUAUCGAGAUGAAUUUGGGACUGGGAGUACUCGAGGAGGUUCGAGACGAGUCGUCUUCUGAUGAGGAUAGUGAGGAUGAUGAGGACGAGGAAGAGGAGGAGGAGGAUGCUGUUGAGGAGAUCAAGACAAUAGUAGCCGGGAGUACGCGGCACGGGAAAGGGCCGCGGGAAGGCAAGCAGCCGUUGAUUGAAGAGGUCAUGGAGAAUAAACAUACGCCUACGCCUGAGACGCGGGGGUGA